AUGUCGCGACAUAGAGCAGUAAGAAAUUUAGACAUUGACGAUAUUCUCGAUGAAGAAGAAUACGAGAGUGAAUACGAUGAAAACACAAUUGACGAGACAGAAAUGAGUAAUGAAGAUUUAGAUAAAUUAGACGACGGAUUAGCCUACAUUCACAGCAUCAUUGGAGAGGACAGCUUCUUGACAGCCAAAGAGAUCAAGGAAGCCCUUUGGUAUUACUUUUUCGAUAAAGAAGAAACCUUGGAAUGGGCACUCGAUAAAAUCGAGAAACAAAAGGCCAUUGAAGACAAGAAAAAGGCCAAAGAACAAGCCAAAAAAGGCAUGCAGUUAACACCCAACUAA